AUGGCACAGGUUAAGAGCUUCUCCAUCAUGGAGAGCUUCGACAACAUCUACCUGGACCUCUCGAAGCAGCCAGGAAAAUGCAAGCUGGCUGAGAGCGGUCUGGGCUGGCGUCCCUCCGGCGGCGGCGACACUUUCACCCUCGACAGCAGCAACAUCGGCCACGCCCAGUGGAGUCGCGCCGCUAAAGGAUACGAGCUGAAGAUCUUGUCGCGGAACUCAGGAGUCAUUCAACUGGAUGGGUUUGAUCAAGAGGACUUCGAGCGACUGAGCAAGGCUUUCAAGAUCUGGUACGGCAUCAACGUCGAGACCCGCGAACACGCCAUCCGCGGAUGGAACUGGGGUAAGGCCGAGUUCACCAAGGCCGAGCUUUCUUUCAGCGUCCAGAACCGACCCGCUUUCGAAGUCCCCUACUCCGAGAUCUCCAACACCAACCUCGCAGGCAAGAAUGAGGUGGCGGUUGAGUUUGCGCUUUCCGCAGACCAGGCGAAUGGCAACGGACAGCCCGCUGGAAGCACUCAGAACCGCGGCCGCAAGGCUGCCGCGGGCCCCGAUGAGCUGGUGGAGAUGCGCUUCUACAUUCCCGGUACGGCUGUGAAGAAGGAGAAGGGCGAGGGCGACGAGGAGGAGAACGAGGAAGAGGUGGAGGAGCAGAAUGCGGCCAACCUCUUUUAUGAGACUCUCAUGGACAAGGCUGAGAUUGGAGACGUGGCGGGUGAUACUUUUGCGACCUUUUUGGAUGUUUUGCACCUUACGCCCAGAGGUCGUUUCGAUAUCGAUAUGUACGAGUCGUCCUUCCGGCUCCGUGGCAAAACAUACGACUACAAGAUCCAAUACUCUGCCAUUAAAAAGUUCUUCUUGCUUCCGAAGAACGACGAUACGCAUACUCUCAUCGUGCUUGGUCUCGAUCCUCCUCUUCGCCAGGGCCAGACUCGCUACCCAUUCUUGGUGAUGCAGUUGAAGUUGGAUGAGGAGAUCAGCCUGGAGCUGAACAUGACAGAGGAAUUGUUGAAGAAGCAGUACGGAGAUAAGCUUCAGGCACACUACGAAGAGCCUAUUCACCAGGUCGUGACCAAGAUCUUCCGUGGAUUGUCUGGCAAGAAGGUUAUCAUGCCUUCCAAGGACUUUAUCAGCCACCACGGGCACCAUGGGGUUAAGUGCUCCAUCAAGGCCAACGAGGGCUCUCUCUACUUCUUGGAUAAAAGUCUUAUGUUCGUGCCUAAGCCUGCCACUUACAUCCAGCUCGAGAACGUUGCAGUGGUGACCAUGUCGCGUGUCGGAGGCGCUGUCUCGGCUAGCCGAACCUUUGAUAUUACCGUCAGCCUCAAGGGAGGUCUGGGCGAGAACCAGUUCAGCAACAUCAACCGUGAGGAGCAACAACCACUGGAAGACUUCUUCAAGGCCAAGGGCAUUCGCAUUAAGAAUGAGAUGUCUGAAGAGUCCUCGACCCUUCUGAAGGCUGCACUCGACAACGAUGACAUGAUGGAGUCGAGUGACGAGGAGGGCGCACGGGCAGAUCGCGGCUCGGCAGACGAGGACGAGGAGUCUGUAGAUGAGGACUUCAAUGCCUCGUCCGACUCUGAUGUGGCUGAGGAGUACGACUCGGCACACGAGAGCAGUGGUGACAGCGACGAGGAGAUGGGUGAUGCGGGAGAUGAUGAUGAGGAGGCGGAUGCUGGAUCGGACCAGGAGGAGGCAACCCGGCCUAAGAAGAAGAGCAAGACCGGGAAUUAA